CAAACUUCGAACUAAAACGAGCAAAUUGUUUAUAUCUUAGAUAUAUUAUAACAGUGCAAUAAACAUUCGAAAUGUCGCAAGGAAUAAUUUGGGUUUAUUCAAUCAAUAAAUACGCGAAAUCUUUCAAGGAAUUAUUUUGGUUAAUUUACUUCCGCCUACAGAUAUCUCCUCGUCCAUAGUCUUUAGGAUUUGUUAUACUUUUAACAUGGCUGCAAAAGGAAAAGCUUUAGUGGUUGCCGCGAUCGAUUUUGGGACGACCUACUCAGGCUGGGCGUUUUCAUUUAAACACGAUUACGACCGGGAUCCGACAAAAGUGUCAGCAAAAACAUGGAGUGGUGGACAGCUUACUUCCUUAAAAGGUCCUACGUGUAUAUUGAUAAAACCAGACGGAAAGACACUUGAGGCAUUUGCAUAUGAUGCAGAAACUCGCUACAGUGAACUGAGCGAAAACAAUGAACACAAACAAUGGUACUACUUUCGAAGGUUCAAAAUGGAAUUGUGGAAGAAGUCCAUUCAUAAAGACACAGUCUUAGAAGACGAAUGUGGCCGAGAGCUCCUAGCAUUGACAGUGUUUUCCCUUUCAAUCAGAUUCAUGAAGGAUGAUCUGUGCAAGAUAUCGGAAAGUCAAGUGGCGGGAUUGAAAGCAGACGACAUUCACUGGGUCCUGACCGUGCCUGCUAUUUGGAAUGAUUCAGCGAAACAGUUUAUGAGACUGGCUGCGGAGCAGGCCGGGAUAUCAUCAGACAAGCUGACCCUUGCACUCGAACCAGAAGCAGCCUCACUGUACUGCAGACAUCUUCCUGUUCAGAAGGAUGGGGAAUCAAGUCUUUCCACACUGAGGGCUGGAAAGAAAUAUUUAGUUCUAGAUGCAGGAGGUGGAUCAAUUGAUAUUACGGUCCACGAAGUAUGCACAGGAAAUAACCUAAAAGAGGUCCACAAGGCAAGCGGAGGUGACUGGGGAGGAACGAAAGUCGAUGCAGCAUUUAUGGAAUUUCUUGGAAAGAUCACAGAUAAAAAGGCAAUGCAGAAAUUCAAAGAUGAUAAUAUGGAAGACUACAUUGAACUUCUUCGUGAUUUUGAGAUAAAGAAAAGAGCUAUAGACACUUCAAAGCCUGGUAAAAUAACCAUCAAAGUACCCAUUUCAAUGAUUGAUCAUGUGAAGGAUGUCACAGGAAUGACAUUGAAAGACAAACUGCAAUCAUCGGGUUACGGAAAACAGGUCACGCUGGCCGGGGAUAAAAUUCGCUUGGAUCCAGAUAUAAUGCGUUCGUUCUUUAGCUCAUCUUUGACGAAAAUCGUCGAACAUGUUUCUGAUUUGCUACGAAAAGUUGAAUGUAGUGGCGUGGAGGCCAUAUUGAUGGUUGGGGGAUACUCCGAGUGCAUGCUUCUCCAAGAAUCCAUCAAACAGCGGUUUCCGCAGCUGAAAAUCAUCGUUCCACCCGAUGCAGGGCUUGCUGUUAUGAAGGGUGCAGUCAUAUAUGGCCAUUCUCCCAUGGCAAUUACCGAGCGCGUUUCAAAGUAUACAUACGGUACAGAUAUAUCAUGCACCUUCAUCGACGGGGAGCACCCAUGGUCUAAACGUCAGAUUCAUAAAGAUGGUGUCAUACGGUGUACAGAUAUAUUUUCCAAACUUGUUGAAGUUGGAGAUAAGCUUGUUGUCGGCCAAGCACAGAAUGAGGAAUCAUAUACACCAGUAUUUGAUUAUCAGACAGCUAUGGAUGUGACAAUAUUUGCUACUAGUGACAAAAAUCCCAAAUUUACAACCGAUGUCGGAUGCCAGAAAAUUGGCGCUAUUAGUGUACCACUUGCUGGAAAUGGGACCGCACGGUCAGUUAAGGUUCGCAUGAUUUUUGGUGGUACUGAAAUUACCGUGGAGUGCCAGGAAAUAGCUACGGGAAAAAUCACACGGUUGCCAAUUAACUUCCUGAUUUAAAUGACUUCUCGUUUGAGGAAGAAAAUGUCUACGGACGUACAUAUCCGUUAAGAAAGUGUUUUUUUUAUUUGCUGUUGGGGUUAUGAUGAAUACAUGUCAGUUUUCUUAAUCGUCCUAGGUUCGAUGUCCUUGAAUUAACCUUGGUUAGUUUAAAUUAAUCAUCAACGUUAUCGUCUCGAUAUUCAACAGUCUAAAACGUGUGCAAUUGAAACUUAAAGUUCGAGGUUGUCAUAAAUUUGAGAAUGAAAUAAAUACCAUUCGUGUUUUUAGUAUUCGGACAUUAUUACGUCUCUUCUUGUUUAAACGCACCAAAUACAGUAUAAAAGGGUUGUUCACUUACAGCGUUUGUUUUAUUGUAGAUGCUCAGAUACUCUUUGUGAGAUAACCAUCAAAACAAUUAUGGAUAUCUUAUUUACAAUGAUUGUGUCUAUCAUGUUUUUUUGUAUUUGCUCAUUUGAUGUUAUUGUCGUUUACACGCGCUCCUUUAUUUUUGAAAAUGUAUUUUAAAGAGUCUAUUUUUUCAAUCCACUUUCACACUUGAUUUUAACACUCCAUUAAACACUAUGAUUGUGUGUGAAAAUUAUUGUUUUUGUUUAAUUUGGGUGUUUUGUUUUGAAAGAAUCAUGUGGAACAUAUUUAUUCCAACUCGUAUUCUUUUCAUUUUAUAAACGGAUACAUAUCAUCGAAUGGAAAUUCUCUUGUAAAAUGUAAUGUAAUUUGCUCAACAAAAUGCCAGUUAAACGUU